AUGCCGUUCGUGCUCGAAGAAUUCAACGACUGUAUCACCAUGGCUCAGGACAAAACGCAAGAUCUUCACUCCACUGCGCAUGGUCUCCCAUCACCAACUGCGACCCACAAUGGAGAAGCUUGCCAGACACAAGACGCUCGUCGCGCUUCAAUCAAGUCCGAGAACAACACAGAGUCACACUUUCAAUUCUCCGAUUCAACAAGCGAGUCUGAUUCAAAAUACUACGACUACGACGAGGAAGAAGAGGAAGUUGAAGAAUACAAUCAAGAAUGCAUUCAGAGAAUGAUCGAGCUCGUCUCUGCCAACGAUGCUGCUCUCACCCAACUUAGUCGGCGCUUCGAUUAUCUUAACAACCGACUCAGCAAACUUGAAAACGCCAUGGAGACAUCCAAGAAUGCGACUCCGUCAUCAGGAGACAAGUCAAAACCUAUGUCAACGAGCACUUCCCGCGGCAGCUGA